AUGGACAAUGUCAAAAAUAUGAUAAAGACAAUUAAUGAAAUUGAAGGAGUUAAUCAACUUGCAUGUAGUGCACACACUUUACAACUUGUAGUGGAUAAAGGUCUUUUGCCAGUUAAGACAUUGGUUGUACAGGCAAGUGAACAACUUGAAUCCAAACAAGCAUUAUUAGAUCAAAUAGUAUGUAGUAAUAUUAAUAAAAAUCAUGAGUAUUUACAAGCAAUCAUUGAUGUCUUAACAAGGUGGAACUCUACAUACUUGGCAUGGGUUCAAAUUCUUAAAUUAAAACCUACUAUUGAAAUAAUGCAAUUAAUGGAUGAUUUAGUUAAAAUUUUGCAGUCUUUUGCAAAUGCUACAAAAAUGCUUGGUGGAAGCAAAUACACUACAAUAUUAUUUAUGUUUACAGCUAUAUCUUUAUUAAAAAAAUUGCUUAAUAUUGAUAAUAACAUUCAAAUUACAGUAGAUCUUGAUGAUUCAAAUACUGUGUUUAAUGAUAAUUUAGAUUUACAAGAAAAUAUCAAAUUUAUUGAUGAGCCAGAAAUAUUAGAUAUUGAAAUAGAAAAAAAAAUAAGCCGAGUUAAAAUUAAAAUUCCACAAAACUAUGAAGGGAUGGUAGAUCACAUUAAGUCAGCAUUGCUUAAUGCCUUAAAUUACUACUGGAAUUAUCCAACUUAUGAAUCUCUUUUAGCAACAAUUCUUGAUUCUCUUAAUAAAAAAAUGGAGUUCACUACAGAUGAUCAAAGAUUUGAAACUAAAACCUAUUUAAUGGAAGAAUAUAAAGAUUUUAAAAAUCAGAGUUAA